UGUAGGGCAGAAGUUAGACACCAGUAACCAGUUGGGCUGUGUAGGACAGGAGUUAGACACCAUUAAGAAGGGCUGUGUAGAGCAGAAGCAAUGGGGAUGGUACAGUGGUGGACCCUACUCUGGAUAUCGAGAUACUGUCACACACUUUCAGCAGAGGUGUUAGUGCAGUACAAAUACUUCGUUCCUGGGCAGAGAAAGGACAUCUCUCUACAAGCCCCAGCUGAGCCCAAAGGGACAGAAUUCAUCUGGGAGUGGACACCACAUGAUGGAAGCAAUAAAAGACUCAUGAUGACUAUACAGUCCAAUGGAGACUUUGUGAGGAAUUCAUUGUUUUUUUCUAUUUCAAAGGAAAGCAAGUAUGACAUUCGUCUGGAAUCACAGUCAGACAUUGCAGGGGUUUUUACUUUUAUUCAAACUAAACCAGAGAACGUCAACUUGGCCCAGAUUAAAGUGUCUGCUGUAAAAGUGACUCAAUCGCCCAGGCCCACAAUAAAUGCAGGUUCUGAUGUGGCCUUGAGCUGUGAGGUAUCCCACCUUCCAGAUUCAGCUACACUGGCCUGGGAAUGGGACAGAGAACCCACUGCUAACACAACGCUGCUCUACAACAACACUGCCCACAUCAUCAUCCACAGUGCUGAGCAGUACAGUGUGGGAACAUAUAACUGUGCACUCCGACGGAACGGAGCGCUUAUUUUCAGCGUUCCCCAUACAUUUAGAGUCAAUGAGGGUUCAUUCGGCACACAACGCACUCUGUACAGAGGGAGUUUGAGCAGCAGUGAGGUGGUGCUAAUCUGCCAUUCUCACUUCUCAUACAAGAAAGCUGAGUGGUAUUGGACCCCACUGUCUCAGUCCUCAAUCCUUCUGAUCUCAGCUGAUAAACACAAGGAUGUGUCAGUUUCCAUGGAGACAGAUAAAGAAAGAUUCUCAUUUGAUGUCUAUGAUGGGCAUAAGUUUCCUCUGAGAAUCUCACCAGUGAAGUUUGGCGACAGUGGAGGGAAUCAGUCCAUUGUGCUGAAGUGUGAGAUAUCGCGGGAGAUCGACUCUGUGACCCUGGCCUGGCUCCGGAUGAAGGGGGGCAGGGGGGAGCUCGUAUGA